CAAAUUUAAGAUUGAGACUUUUGAGAUGCAAUUCAAAGUUAUUUAGUUAAAUCAUUUACAAAAAAUGCUAGAUGAAGUGAAACCAAAAUUGCAAAAUUUGUCAACAACCAAUGUUAUUAAUAUAAACAUUCCCUUAAUACAGAACUUGAAAUAUGCUAAAAAUCAAAAACCGCGAGAAACAUCACUGUUGACUUUUUAUCAGGCUGCUUGUGAUGGACAUCUUGACAUAGUAAAGAAUUGCUUAAUCUCAUUUGGCAAAGACAAGAAAAAAGUAAAUAUAAAGGAUGACUACCAAACAUCUGCACUUCAUUAUGCUGUUAAAUAUGGACAUUUUUCCAUAGUUAAACUUCUUUUAGAGAAUGGAGCAAAUAUAAAUAUUCAAGAUGAAAAUGAAGCAACUCCCUUACAUUAUGCUUGUCGAUAUAUAAACAAAAAAAAACAUUUAGUUUUAAGAUCUGAUUUUCAAUCAUCUUUUGGGGAAGAGCAGAAACAUAGUUGGUUCGGUCAAUCUACCUACUUUAGCAAGUUUCAAACCAAAAGGUUUUUAGUAAAGAAAAAAAAACUUUCGGAAACAAAUAUUAAAAAAGAACAAUGUUUUCAGAAUAGCUUUAUUUCUAGUCAAGAUGAAAACAGUAUGAAAUAUUUACCUCAUAUAGAAAUGCAGUGUUUAAAUAAACAAGAUUAUAUUCCAGUUCAUGAUUAUAUUGAAAAAAAGAGAUUUUCUUAUGACAAGGAUCGUUUUAAUCAGCAGGGAGGUUUUCAAAUGAAAAAAUUUUCUUGUGGUCAGCUCGAAAAUAAAACUAAAUUUUCAUUUUUUGAAAAAAAAAAAUCGACAAAUAAUAUUAUUUCUAGCCGUCUUCUGAAUUCAUCGUCCUCAAGUGACAAUUUAUCAACAUUAAGUGAUAGUUAUACUAGAGUUAUGAAAAAGUCGGUAAGCAUAAAUGAUGUUUCUUCUUUAAAGCCAGAGGUAUUCCAAGAAAAACUAGAAGAAAGAAACCAAGGAGAUCUUAUAUUAAUUUAUCUUUUGGAACAAAAUUCUAAUGUGAAUGCAAAAGACUAUAAUAGUUCCACACCUUUGCAUUAUGCAGUCAUGAAAGGAAAUGAUUUUGCAACAGAGCAACUUCUUCUUCAAACUAAUAUUCAAAUAGAGGCAACAGAUCAUGCAAAAAUGACUCCACUUCAUUGUGCUGCAUCAUCUGGUUCUUAUGAAGCUUGUAAACUUUUACUGGAACAUGGUUGUAACAUUUUUUGCAGAGAUAAAGAAAAUAUGACACCUUUACACUUUGCAGCUAGUGAAGGACAUUUUGAUGUUGCAUUAUUACUGUUAGAAAAUGCAAGAAAAAUGAGUAAUGAUGUUUUCAAUAACUUAAUUAACUGCGUUAAUAGUGACCAAGAAACAGCACUGCAUCUUGCUGUAGAAAAUAAUCAUCUUUAUAUUGUUGAUCUAUGCAUUAAACAUGGUUUUAAUGUUAAUUCUGAAAAUAAAAAUAUGGUUACUCCGCUUCAUCAGGCAUGUACAUCAGGGUUUAUAAAAAUUGCACAACUUCUUGUUGAAAAUGGUGCUAAUAUUGAGUCAAUCAAUUCCUUUAAAGAGACCCCACUGCACAAAGCAGCUUUGUUCAAUCGUGUGGAUAUUAUUCAGUAUUUACUGGAAAGAGGAGCUUAUAUUGAUUGUCGUGACAAAGAUAAUGAAACACCAUUACUUAUGGCUGUUCGUAAAAACAAUUCAGAGUCAGUUCAAAUGCUCUUAGAUUAUCACUCUGAUAUUACAGUGAAGGAUGCGAAUGAUAAAACUUGCUUGUUUAUUGCCGCUGAAGAAAAUUCUAAAGACGUAAUAAAAAUUUUAUGUCAAAAAGAUUUAACUUGCAUACUAAAUAUGUUUAACAAGAAUGAAAUGACUCCACUACAUAUAGCUUCAAAAGAAGGUCAUGACAGUAUUGUUCAAGUUCUACUGGACUUGGGAGCUUGUAUUGAUGCAAAAAAUCAGGAAAAUUUGACUCCACUUCAUUUUGCAGCAAAAUAUGGUCAUUUAAGAACUGUCGAAAUAUUACUGUCUUUCAAAGUUUUAAGCAUUGUGAAUGAUGAAGAUAUUUUUUCAAAUACACCUUUACACCUUGCCUCAAUGCAAGGACAUGUUAAAGUUGUUGAGAUACUCAUUAAAUCCGGUGCUGAUGUUGAAGCACGAAAUGAAGGUCUGUGGACACCAUUAGAUUUUGCAGCAUUCUAUGGUCAAACUAAAUGUGCAGAAUAUUUGUUAAAUAGUGACAGUCUUGUAAAUCCUAAAGAAAAAAAUAAAGUAAGUUCACUACAGCUUGCCUGUAAAGAAGGACAUGUUGCCAUGGUAAACUUGCUGUUAUCUAAAAAUGCAGAUAUUUCAUGGAAGGAUCACUUAGGAAGAAACUGCUUAGAUUAUGCAAUUGAUAAUAAAAGAAGAAAAGUAGUAACUGCAAUUAUUGCAAAUGAAAAUUGGAAAGUUGCAUUACGCAAUUCAACCUUUGAUGGUAGAAAAAUCACUACCCCUUUGCGAAAAUUAAUAAAAAAACAACCAGAUAUUGCUGAGCAAGUAUUUAACCAAUGCAUUACUGGUAAUGGUUUGCCAAUUGAACAUCCUUAUUACAAACAAACUUGCUGCUAUGAAUUUCUUGAGGAUUUGUUCACUUCAUGGGGUCCAAAUUUAUUUAAGUGUAUAGAAAAAAAAAAUCAGUACUAUAAUUCUUAUGGUUUAAAUGCAAAUAAAUUAAUCUUUACUGAAAAAUUAAAAAGAGUUUUCAGUUUUAAGUUGUAUACAACUGAAGUCAAUCAUUCAUUAGAUGUUAUGGUUAAAAGUCAUCAUACUAGGCUUUUGUACCAUCCAUUAGUUACUCAUUUUAUAAGACGGAAGUGGAGAUUGUGCGGCAGAUAUGUAUACUAUUCCAAACUGUUGUUAUAUUUGCUAUUCCUCACUUUUGUAUCCAGUUAUAUCUUAUCUAUUCACAAUAACGUUCAUGGCAAUGUGUGUAUUCAAAAGGAUACAAAUGUAACUAGCUGUUAUUGCCAACCACUCAAAAAAGCGUUUAAUCAGAAAGUCAAUUUUUUAAUUUCAUUUAAGAGAUACAUAGUUCUGAUAUUGAGUACAACAAGUUUAUCAAUUGAGGUGGUUAAACUUCUAAAUGAAGUUCAUAAUUAUUUUCAAUUGCGAAAGUUAGUUGAGCUGUCUUCAUAUAUUUGUGCAAUGGUAUAUGCACUAAAUAACCCUAGUUCUUUGAAAGGAAAUAUUAGUUUUAGAUGUUCAACAUGGUAUCGUGGACUUGGAGCAGCUACAGUUACUUUGUCUUGGUUAUCUUUAACCAUAUUUAUGAGGCAGUUUCCAAAACUUGGCACAUAUAUAUUCAUAUAUACUAAUAUAAUGAAAACUUUUGCUCAAUUUUUUGUUAUAUUUAUGUUGUUUAUAAUCUCUUUUGGGCUUGGGCUUCAUUUGGUAAUGUCUGAUGUGACUACAUAUUCAGUACCAUCUCGAGCAUUAUCUAAAAUGAUUGUUGGUAUGACUGGUGAAUUUAGUGCUGACUCUUUAUAUAAUAAUGUUAAUCUCCCAUUGCGGCUGCCAGUAGCCUGGGCAUUACUUAUUUUGUUUGUGAUAAUUAAUUGUAUUGCUGUAAUGAAACUGCUGAUGGGUCUUGCAAUCGGCGAAAUUAAUGACAUUAAGAAGCAAGCUGUUCUUAAUCGAUUAGCUACAUUGGUUAAUCUAACUUUAUGUGUUGAAAAAGCUUUGCCUAACUCAUUGAGAAAUAAGCUUGUUGUAAUGGAAGAAUCAUUCUAUCCAAAUUUGAUGAAGACAUCAUCAUUAUGGUCAUUUUGGUCUUUUGAAUCCCCAAUUUCUAAUUCUAAUAAAAUGAAUGACCUUAAAAUAAUCAAAAAACAGCACAAAAAAAUGAAUGUAAGAGCAUAUAAACUACGGGAUGCUAUGAAAGAAAUGGAGACUCAAAACGAUAGAAUUGAAAACAUGUUAAAUGUGAUAUCAAAACGUCUACAACUCAAACAAUAAUAUGUUUUUAUGUUUUCAGCUUUUUUUUUAAUAUAAACUUUAAA